AUGGAAACACACGGUGCGGCUACGAGGAAGAACAAAGAAAGGCAGGAGAAGCUGCCUGUUGUUGUCUUGAAAGCUGAGGACAUCAUGUACUCUAAAUCCAAUUCCGAGAUGCUGAUACUAUGUGGAAUAGAGUCAGUGAUGCCAUUGACACCAUUAUUAGAAGAGAUGAAAGCACUGAAAUAUGGCCCUCUUUUGCCUCCUUGUGUUGAAGCUGCUCUUAACCUUGGAUGCAUUGCUGUAAGAGCUUCAACAAGUCAGCGACAUAGUAACGUAAGGACUUACCUCUGUCCUAAAAUCCAGAAACCUGUUUCUGCACCCCCUCAUGAGUCUCAGUAUCACCAUCAUCAAGCUCAAAUGUCCAAUAAACCAAGCUAUGUCGCUCAACCUGUAGUCCCAGUGGCUGUUCUUGAUGACGCACCAGUGCCAAUCAACUUGGGUUCGGUGUAUCCUUUGUAUUACGGAAGUGAUAAUCAGACCCAGCAAGUGAACAUGUCCUUAAGAGUCCCUGAGACGCCUAUAAUCACUGGCAUGCCUAUUAGUAUAAAAGCUCCGGAAGAAAGAACAGAGAGCUUCUGUGAUUUGUCCUUGAGGCUUGGUUUAUCAUCUUCAGAUCCACCCUCCACAAGAAUAGAUGUUGGGUUUAGCCGUGCUUACCAAGGAAGAAACCAAGAAGAGUUAUGUUUCUUCUCUUAG